AUGAUUCAGUACAAAGUUAUCCACGCUUUCGGAAACCCCACUGUAAGACCAGGGCCAGCACCAAACCUCAACUAUCGACCAGAAACAGCUUAUAUAACUUACUUUGAAGCCUCGCAAACAAUUCGGCAAGUCGCCGAAUUUGGAAAAAUCGACGACAACAUUCUGAUGAGUUUGUGCCCUAACAAGGACACUUUCAAGAGGCACAAACUAACUGUCCAACAAAUCCCGUUACUCUUACGGUUAUGUAGCCAUUGA